GUAAGGUAUCCACGGCCUCCCAGUACUGCCUGAGUUUCUCCUCCCACUGCGGGUGCCAGGUGGAGUCUGGGGGGUGGAGCUUAGCUGCCCAUGCUGGGACAGAGAACUGGGAUGGACUGGGAAGCUUCUGGGCAGCUACUGAUGGGCACUGGGGGUCACUAGAAGGACACUGGGACUAACUGGAAGGGACUGGGAUGUGGAUGGGAGGGACUGAUGGCAACUGGAAUAUACUGAGAAGGGGUUUGUGGGCACUGGAUGGGACUGGGAUGUACUGGGAGGAACUGGGACGUUACUGGUGGACACUGGGGGGUCCUGGGAGCCAUUAGGAGACUGGAAGGAACUGGAAGGGAACUGGGAGGGUAUGGGAGGGGAAACUGGGAGAACUGGGACAAACUAGGAGGGGAAACUGGGAGCACUAGGACAAACUGGGAGGAGAUUUGUUUGUACUUCAAAGGACUGUGAGAUUGGGGAGGACUGGGAGGCACUGGGAGAUACUGGAAGGGAUUUAGAGAAACUGGGAGCAGUGGAGGGUACUGGGAGGGAACUGAGAGGGACUGGAAAACACUGGGGAAGAAGUGGGAGGGAUUGGUGGGGACUGGAAUGGACUGUGAGCACUGGGAUGGACAGGGUGUUCUGGGAAGGGAACAGCAAUAAACUGGGAAGAUACUGGGGGGCAUUGGGAGGCACUGGUGGCAACUGGGAUGGACUGGGAAGGGGGUUGUGGGCACUGAAGGGGACUGGGAGGGACUGAAAUAUACUGGGAGCUACUGGAAGGAGACUGGGAUGGACUGAGAAACUAAGAGACUAGAGGGGAUACUGGGAGCACUGGGAUAUGACUGGCAGAGACUGGGAAUUGGUUUGUGUGGACUGGAUAGGACUGGGAGGGACUUAAACAUACUGGGAAGUUACUGCGUGGUAAUUUGUGGGCACUGCGAGGAGACUGGGAGUAACUGGAAGGGCACUGGGAGAGAACUGGGAGAGGAUUCAUGGGGACUGGGAUGGAUUGGGAGAAACUGGGUGGGGACUGGGAAGUUACUGGGUAGUUACUGGUGGGCACUGGGGGGUACUAGGAGGGAAUUGAGAGGGCACUGGGAUGGAUUAGUAAAGGUGCAUUGGAAUGUUAUUGGGAGCCACUGGGGAAUGGGGGGGGGGGGGGGAGGGGCGGCCACCGGGCCCGGCCGCUUCCAUUCCCGCGGAGAGGGGGGGAGUUCCCUAACCAUUUCCUCUAUUCUCCGCGGGGGCUCCGGGACCUGCAGGCAACGCCGCGGCUCAGGUAGUCCCGGCGGAGCCCAGCGGAUGCCGGGGCCUUUCCGGUGAUCCCGGUCCCGGUGAGAUUCUCCCCGCCCCGGUGAGAUUCCCCCCGCCCCGAAAACGGGACCCACCGGAGCGGUCGCGGCGGCUGAGGGCAGCGCGGGGGCUGUCGGAAGUGGCGACGCCGCGGGGCAUGCUGGGACACAUCGGCAGGCGCCGCUCCCCGCUCUCCGCGGCAGGCCUCAGUGUUGGCGUGGGGCAGUGCAGGACCAGGGAGCUUGGCCAGAUGGAGAAGGAGGCUGCGAGGAAGAUGCCCUGGGACACCCUGGCAGACAAGGAGCAGAGGACGGAGACCAGGGAGGACAAAUCCUUGCAUCAGGACGUUGUAGAAGAGGCCAUUUUGAGCAACUCCAUAGCACAGGAAUCCAACAGGAAGGAAAAGCCCCAAAGAUCCCACAUGAGGAGGGGCUCCAAACCCAGCCCAGGGUGCUCUGAGGAGGAAAGACCUACCCUGUGCCAGGAAGGUGGACAGAGCUUCAGCCAGAGCUCAGACUUGGUGGUCCCUGAGCACUAUCAAAGCAGGGAGAAGUCGUACAAGUGUGGGGAAUGUGGGAGGAGCUUCAGCCAUAGCUCCAACCUGAAGAAACACCAGAGGAUCCAUACUGGGGAGAGGCCCUACAAAUGUAGGGAAUGUGGGAAGAGCUUCAGCCGUAGCAACAACCUGGCCCGUCACGAGAAUAUCCAUGAUAAUGAAAGGCUUUGCAAGCGCUCUGAAUGUGGGAAGAGCUUCAGAGAGAUAUCCAAACUAAACCAGCACAAGAUAAAUUGCUCUGGGGAACAGCCCUAUGUGUGUGAGGAAUGUGGGAAGAACUUCAGCCGGAGAUCCAACCUGGUCCGUCACAAGAGGAUCCACUCUGGGGAGAGGCCCCUCAAAUGUCCCAAAUGUGGGAAGAGCUUCAGCCAGAGCACCCACUUGGAUGGUAUGUGA